AUGAAGCAUCUUGUCAUUCGUUUGCUGUGCUGUCUGCCAGUUUGCUUGGCUUAUCCACUGGAUGGGACAGUGAAGGAGGACUCCAAGAUGGAUCUUGUCCAGCAAUACCUAGAAAACUACUACAAUCUAGAAAAAGAUCUGAAGCAGUCUGUGAGAAGAAAGGACAGCAACCCUAUUGUGAAAAAAAUACAAGAGAUGCAGAGGUUCCUGGGGCUGAAGGUGACUGGGAGGCUGGACGCCGACACCAUGGAGGUGAUUCACAAGCCCAGAUGCGGAGUGCCUGAUGUCGGGGACUUCUCUACCUUUCCUGGCUCGCCCAAGUGGAAGAAAACUCACCUUACUUACAGGAUUGUGGACUAUACGCAGGAUCUGUCAAGAGAUGCCGUUGAUGCCGCCAUUGCGAAAGCCCUGAAAGUCUGGGAGGAAGCGUCUCCCCUGACCUUCUCCAGGGUGCAUGCGGGAGAGGCUGACAUCAUGAUCUCGUUUGCAGUUAGAGAGCAUGGGGAUUUUAUCCCUUUUGAUGGACCUGGGAAAGUUCUGGCUCACGCCUACCCUCCUGGACAAGGGAUUUACGGAGAUGCUCAUUUUGAUGAUGAUGAACAGUGGACAGAGGACACAUCAGGGAUCAAUUUAUUCCUUGUUGCUGCGCAUGAACUCGGCCAUUCCCUGGGCCUCUUCCAUUCAGACAAGCCUGAAGCUUUGAUGUACGCACUCUACAAGCCACCCACAGACAUAGGGCGGUUCCGCCUUUCUCAAGAUGAUGUGAAUGGCAUUCAGUCCCUCUACGGACCUCCUCCUGCCUCCCCUAAUGAUUCUGUGAUGCCUCAGGACUCCAAUCCGACAGCACCCGAGUUCCCAGUCAUGUGUGACCCCGACUUGUCCUUCGAUGCAGUAAGCACUCUGAGGGGAGAAAUCUUGUUCUUUAAAGACAGAUAUUUUUGGCGCCGAAUCCACUGGAACCACAAACCUGAAUUUCAUUUGAUUUCAACGUUUUGGCCCUCGCUCCCACCAGAGUUGGAUGCUGCAUGUGAAGUUAACAGCCAGGACACCGUUUUUAUUUUUAAAGGAAAUAAGUUCUGGGCCACCAGAGGAAAUGAGAUACAAGUAGGUUAUCCAAGAAGCAUCCAUACCCUGGGCUUUCCUCCAACUGUAAAGAAAAUUGAUGCAGCCAUGUCUGAUCAGAAAGAGAAGAAAACAUACUUCUUUGUAGAAGACAAAUACUGGAGAUUUGAUGAAAACAGCCAGAUCCUGGAGCAAGGCUUCCCCAGACUAAUAGCUGACGACUUCCCAGGAGUUGAGCCAAAGAUUGAUGCUGUCCUGGAGGCAUCUGGGCUUUUUUAUUUCUUCAGUGGAUCGUCGCAGUUUGAAUUUGACCCUAAAGCCAAGAUGGUGACACAUGUGUUGAAAAGCAACAGUUGGUUACAUUGUUAG